GCCCCCAGUAGGUAGGUACCUAUGCUUGAUAAUGGAUGGGGGUAGCGCAGCGUGAAUGCAACCACGGUAAUCACAUACGCAGUGAACCUGGUGUCCUCUUUUCGCCAAUUCACAUUCUAAUUGACGAGACUCCCUGGACUGCCAUAUUAUGAAUGUGGACUUGCUCAAGCGACACACAUUCGAUUUCACGGGACCACACCAUGGCUUCUCGAACACCACUGAAACCAGACGGGUCCGAAAUCCGGCUGCUUGGCUUACACCCAGGACACUCUACCGACGAGAUACGAUGCACACUUCGAACAGUCACAUUUGACCAAAAUCCCAAGUUCGAAGCCUUGUCUUAUGUCUGGGGAGACCCAAAGGAUACCAGAGAGAUCAUAGUCGACGACCAACCGUUCCAAGCAACAGUGAACUUGGAGGCUGCCCUUCGAGCCCUACGGAAAUCUAAGAAAACACGUGUGUUAUGGGUCGACGCCAUCUGCAUCAACCAACAAGAUAUCGAUGAGAAAAACGUCCAGGUGGGGAGGAUGCACCUUAUCUAUCCCCGUGCUUAUAGGGUUCUAGCAUGGCUGGGGCCGUCAGAUCCCAAUGUAGAAGUCGCGGAGUCUUUGGUACGCACAUACGUUUUAAGGUCCUUCACCUUCAAAUCCUGGUACUGGUUGAACUUGAACAUAAGAGCUCUCUUUUCCAUAAGGGCGAAAUUUGAAAAAUGUCUGGCAGUGGUGCAGGGGCUCACAGGGUUUGUUCACUUCCUUGGCAAUCCUUACUGGGCUCGCAUGUGGACUUUUCAGGAGUAUCAACUCGCAUCACGUCAGCUGCUCUGUCUUUUCGGCGACCAGGCUGUCCAGCACAUAAUAUGGAACGAAAAUUUGUCAGAAUUCUUUGGGGAUAGAAGCGUUAAGGCUUGGGAAAAAACCCAGCAGCUCGUCAGAAGCCCGCAAGGUGGCAGGUAUAUCGAGCGAAAUCCAGAGUUGUUGGAAGCUAUCGCAGCAGGAUUGCAGAACGUAUGGUCAGUUAUCAACUGUGAGAACAUAUAUGCCGGCGCCUACGUGCAUAUGCAUACGUCCCCACGCAGUCUACACCCAGAGAAACGAUUUUUGGUCUUAAUGGUACGAACGCGUCGGAAUAGAUGCUCCAACCCCUCCGAUAGGAUCUUUGCGCUCUAUGGUUUAUGUCCGGCUCUUGCGGACAUUUAUCCGGCAGACUACACAAAGCCAUAUUGGCAGAUCACACUAGAGACAACGGCGUAUAUCGUGAACAACGAACCGACGGGCGAGAGUAUUCUUAAUCUCUUUGGGCCUAGGGACGGUCACCUCACUGAUGACUCAAUUCCAUCCUGGGUACCUGACUUUGAUCCUGAGUGUGAUUCUCCAGAAAUUGAAAAAAAUAGGUAUGCUGGCCCUAUCGAUCAUUUCCAUGGACUAUCCAGGACAAAGGUAACUGCUGAUCUUAGGACACUUCGUCUCUGGGGGAAAAGGUGGGAAAGGUGCAACGUAACAUGCCGGUUUUCUUUUGAAGACGACGCAUGCGCAGCUCAAAUUCGACAAAUUCGGAUGGAGCCAUCCUAUCUUCUCUGUCGUGAUUUGAAUAAUACCUCCUUAAGAAUGUCGGAGAACCUACAGGCGAGACUGAGCUACGCUUGCGCACCUGAAGGUCUCUAUGACCGUGAGAAAGUCUUCAACCACAUCACAACAGUUCUCAAUGAUUGGGCACAUUCUCGGCUCACGCUCACAGAGUGGAAAAAGGACAAGAGCUUGAGGGACUUGGAUACUAUAUUAGCAUAUCUCAAAGGAAAGACUCUGAUAGUCACGCAGAAUGGAUUUUUCGGAAUAGCUUCGCAGCAUGUUCAAGAUGGCGACAUCGUGGUCUUAUGCCUAAAGAUAUUGUCCCUAAUUAUUCUUACAACGCACGAAGAAGGCGCGGGGAAGCAACCGAACAUUUAUAAGCUAGUCGGAACCGCGUAUAUCGAUGGACUCUGUGUGGGCGAUUUUGAGGAUACCGCUGCUGCUUCCGAGAUUUGGAAGCAGCGAGAUCUAGAGGAGUUCAUGGUUCGAUGAGCUCGGGAUUCAGACAUUUCAUUAAUUCGGAGUUUGAUUGAGUCUACUUUGCCUCGUUCCAGCCGAGGGAUACUACUCUUUUACUUCUUUUCUGGAAUUGAGGGCGUCUAUGUCGAUGCUAGCUAUGAGUUUGAUGAUGCGUGGCAAUUGGGACCACUCGUCAAAUUAAACUCGAUCCGCCACAAACAUUGUGUGAAAUUUGAGACUAGAGAUUUAAUUGAUAGGAAUCCAUUCCGUAUUGUUGGC